AUCACCGCUGCCUGCUUCAAACAAACAAACGCAGGACCAAGACCAAGUGAAUUACCAUAUUUGAAGAAUGUCGGUCCCAGGCCUCCAACUCUCGGAACUCCCGAUCGGUCAGCCAUUCUCAAACUUCACGGCGCAAGACUCCACUCCGGCGGAACCGCUCUCGGAGCAGACGUAUGAGAUAGCAAAAUUCCGGGAAUGGCGGUUUGAGGUUGCGUUUGGCGCUACUGUUGAAGUGAAGCUCUUAAAGGGAAGCGCCGAGAUCUUCGGCACAGAGCUCCCGAUCGGCCACAAAUUCACCUUCACAGGAAUCAAAUCUGCGAUUUUCACCUGGCAAGGCUGCGCCCUUGAGGUCCGCGGUAGUCCCAGUGUCGAGUACACCAGCGAGGAAACGCCCAUGACUACAUACACCAAUCUGCACUUUGCCCUGGAGAAGCAGCGCGGGAUGGCGGACGAGUCACCGACGGCGCAGGGGCCGAGAGUGAUGAUCAUCGGGCCGGAGAACGCGGGGAAGACCUCGCUCGUGAAGAUCUUGACGGCGUACGCUGUCAGGCAGGGGCGGAAGCCGGCCGUUGUGAACCUGGACCCGAAGGAAGGGGUGUUGAGUCUACCAGGGACAUUGAGCGCCACGAGCUUUAGCACGAUAAUGGACGUCGAGGAGGGGUUCGGGAGUAGUCCUACUAGCGGACCGAGUCCCGUGCCUGUGAAAUUGCCAUUGGUGUACUAUUACGGUCUGGAGACACCGGAGGGGAAUGCAAAGCUAUAUAAGGCGCUAGUAUCGAGAAUGGCAGUAGCCGUAUCCUCGAGGCUUUCAGAAGAUGACCAAAACCGCUCCUCAGGCAUAAUAAUCGACACCCCCGGUACCAUCAGCCAAACCCCCGCCGGCUACGAUCUCCUGCACCAUGCCAUCACCGAAUUCUCCAUCACGACUCUGGUGGUCCUCGGCAGCGAGCGGCUGUACAGCGACAUGCUCCGGCGCUUCGAGGACCGCCCAAACCACCAGCACCAGCCGCCCCCAAUCUCCAUAAUCAAACUCAGCAAGUCCGGCGGCUGCGUCGACCGCGAUGACGCCUUCCUCCGCGCUUCCCGCGAGCGUUCCAUCCGCGAGUACUUCUUCGGCGAGCCGAAGAAGCGCACGCUGAGUCCAUACACCAUGACCGUCGGUUUCGAUGAUUUGAACAUCUGGCGCGUGAGCGAGGCGAGCACGCUCAAUGCUAGCUUGCUGCCUAUCGGCCAUGACGACGAUGAGGAGGAUGGGGGUGGGGGUGGGGGGCAGGCAUUGUUGGUCCAAGCGGAGUGCUCGAUGCUGUUGCAGCAUUCGGUCGCCGCGGUUUUGCAUGCGGAGGUUGGGGAUGAGGCGCAUGUUUUGGCGGAGAGCUCGGUGAUGGGGUUUGUUUACAUUGCAUCCGUCGAUGAACAAAAGCGAUACAUGAAAAUCCUCGCUCCGAUGCCCGGAAGACUGCCGCCAAAGCCGUUAGUCGUCUCGUCUUUCCCGGAACCUACUUUCAGUCUCGUUGGAUGA